AUGAGGACCGCAAGGACGCUUCCAUCUCCCUACUCGCCGGGGGCUUUUCAUGUCGUCAGAGCAUUCAGCUUUAUUGCAACCCUCAUUGUGGCGAUCAUCAUGAUCUAUUUCGCGUACCAUCUGCAUCAAGAUAACUUCAAACUGCCUUUUACGUUUAUUGUGAUCAUGGUGACGUGUUUCCUGACCUUCCUCAAUCUCGCGUUCACGGGCGCGCUCUACUGCUGUGGCAGCCUCUCCCCGACGCUGGCCCUCGCCUUCAAUACGGGCCUCUUCCUGAUCUGGAUUGUGUCUCUGGGCCUCUUGGGCUGGAGCAUGUCGGGGACGCUAACGACCACGUGUGACACGACCCACUGGGGCACCGCCACGGGAAUCAUGGUCUGUCGGAUUUACAAGACCUUGUUCUCGUUCGUCGUCGUUGCGUUCGUCUCGCAGCUGGCCGCCAUCUUUGUCGAUGUCGCCGCCCGCAAGAACCAGUACAACAGGGGCGAUUACAAUGCCAUGGGCAGCGAAACCAUGCUCGCGGACGUCAAGCUCGACCAGCGGAGCAGCCUCGCUUCUGGCGUCCCCUCCAACCCCAACGACCCGGCCACGGAUGCAUACAAUGCCUUCGGCACGGUCCGUCCUCAGGAGCAGCAGCGCUACUAUGGCUAUAACCAGACGGGAUACUCGAAUCCGUAUUCCAGCAGUCCGUACCGCGACAAUGAUGUCUUGGAGCAGCACCACGCCGGUGAGGCGCAGGAGUACUACGACAACGUCCCCGCUGUCGGUGGGAGCUACGCGCCUCCUCCUCACUACUCGCCAUUAAGGACGAGAAUGGACGAUCUGCGCGGCUACAGUGCUCCUCCAGAACAGACACACUACGACCCGGGUAAUUACCGGUAA